CGGGAACUUGGGCUGGGGAAAGCGAGAAAGCUAGAGGGAACCUAGGAUGAGAAGGCCGGGAAGGAAAGUGAGAGUCCGGGUCAUAGAGAAAGCGAAGAGGGGAGAGAGAACCUAGGCAGAGGAAGGAACAAGGACCCAAGGCCGGGAGCGCUGAGGAGGGAACCGAGAGCUCGGACCUGCAGCGAUCCAGGCUAGAGAGGGCCUAAAAGGGAACUGGAAAUCCCAGGCAGGCCUGAGCUCGGCCUGGGCAGGAAUUGUGUCUGUUUCCCCCCUCACCCUACCCUCAACCUGUGAGGAAACCCAGCUAUCAGAGCGCAGCCGCGACCCCAUGGUCAAUCGGUAUUGCUGGAUGCAGUUGCCAAUAUUUUGUUGAGUCUGCGUUCAUCAGCAACUUUGGCCGGUGGGCAGUAUCCAGCUAAAGUGGAUUGAGAGCUGGAAAAGGGAAGAGAAGUCAGAAGCCAGGGACAGGAAGAGGCUAACAUGGCUGGUAACAUUAUAAUUUAGUGAACCACCACUUUUCCAAAGAGGAACCCAAAGGAAGACUGAGCAUCUCUUGCAAAUUUCAAAACCAUGGCUCAGGGAUCAGUAUCAUUUAAAGAUGUGACUGUAGAUUUCACAGAGGAGGAGUGGCAGCACCUGGAUCCUGCUCAGAAGACUCUAUACAUGGAUGUGAUGUUGGAAAACUAUUGCCACCUCAUUUCUGUGGGCUGUCACAUGACCAAACCUGAUGUAAUUCUCAAGUUGGAAAGAGGAGAAGAGCCAUGGACACCAUUGAAAAGUCACACCUGCUUAGAACAAAACUGGAAUGCCGAAGAUGUUUUAGUGAAAUUUAAAGAAUGCCAAGAUAAGUAUUCUAGAUCAGUUGUACUCAUCAGUCACACAAAACUGAUUAAGAAGAACAGUAAUGCAUGUGACAGGACAUUUACUUUAAGCAAAAACUCUAUAAAUUCAAAAAAUCUAAUUCCUGAAUAUAACAGUCAUGGAAAUAUUUUCAAAAAUGUAUCAGAAUUAAUCAUAAGUAAUCUAAAUUCUGCAAGAAAGAGUCAUAAUGAAUAUAAUAGACAUGAGAAAUCACUCUUCAAUAGUAAACCAGAGACAGCUCACCAUGGAGUCAAAUCCCAUAAUCAACAUGAUAGAGGUAUCAGUCAUAAUGAAGUGCUGAUGCAAUAUCAUAAGAUGGAAACUCCAGCACAGUCAUUUGAAUAUAAUGACUGUGAAAAAUUAUUGCUUAAAAAGGGAGGUUUACUUACACAUAAUAGAGCUUACAGGAAUGAAAACCCAUCUGAAUGUAAUAAAAGGAGAAGAGCAACCAAUAUUGAAAAAAAACAUAUAUGCACUGAAUGUGGGAAGUCCUUCUGCAGGAAGUCAGUAUUGAUUCUGCAUCAGGGGAUUCACACAGAGGAAAAACCUUAUCAAUGCUAUCAAUGUGGAAAUUCAUUUAGAAGAAAAUCAUAUCUCAUUGAUCAUCAAAGAACCCACACAGGAGAGAAACCCUUUAUUUGUAAUGAAUGUGGUAAGUCGUUCCGCCUAAAGACAGCCCUCACUGAUCAUCAGAGAACACAUACAGGGGAGAAAUCAUAUGAAUGUUCACAAUGUAGGAAUGCCUUCAGAUUGAAGUCACACCUUAUUCGUCAUCAGAGAACUCAUACAGGAGAGAAACCAUAUGAGUGUAAUGACUGUGGGAAGUCUUUCCGCCAGAAAACAACACUUUCUCUACAUCAAAGAAUUCAUACAGGAGAAAAGCCCUAUAUUUGUUUAGAAUGUGGGAAGUCCUUUCACCAGAAGGCAAAUCUUACUGUACAUCAGAGAACUCAUACAGGGGAAAAGCCCUAUAUUUGUAAUGAAUGUGGGAAGUCCUUCUCCCAGAAGACAACCCUUGCUCUUCAUGAGAAAACUCAUAAUAAGGAGAAACCCUAUAUUUGUAAUGAAUGUGGUAAGUCUUUCCGCCAGAAGACAACCCUCAUAGCACAUCAGAGAACACAUACUGGGGAAAAAUCUUAUGAAUGUCCUCACUGUGGGAAGGCCUUUAGAAUGAAGUCAUAUCUCAUUGAUCAUCACAGAAUUCACACAGGAGAGAAACCAUAUGAAUGUAAUGAAUGUGGAAAAUCCUUCAGUCAGAAGACAAAUCUUAAUCUACAUCAGAGAAUUCAUACAGGGGAAAAACCCUAUAUUUGUAAUGAAUGUGGGAAGUCCUUUCGUCAGAAAGCAACCCUCACUGUCCAUCAGAAAAUACAUACAGGUCAGAAAUCCUAUGAAUGUUCUCAGUGUGGGAAAGCCUUUAGCAGGAAGUCAUAUCUCAUUCAUCAUCAAAGAACUCAUACCGGAGAGAAACCGUACAAAUGUGAUGAAUGUGGAAAGUGCUUCCGCCAGAAGACAAAUCUCAUUGUACAUCAGAGAACUCACACAGGGGAGAAACCCUAUAUUUGUAAUGAGUGUGGUAAAUCCUUCAGUUAUAAGAGAAACCUCUUUGUCCAUCAGAGAACUCACAAGGGAGAAAACAUGGACAUGCAAUAAAUGGUGUGAUUUCUUUGUGAAGCCUUCCUUCCAAAGUUAUUUCAAAACUUUAGUUUUUUUUUAAAGCAUGCUAAUAAGGUAAUUUUAAUUACAAAUGUAAUAGCAGUUAAUAAUUUAAAGUGCCAUACAGCAUAACUGUUUUACUGUUUAAUACUAUAAAAAUGGAUAUGAUCAUUAUUACUGAACUCUAUUAGCAGUGAAUCUAAUUUUUUAAUAUUUUGUGUUCUACUGGCUCAGUUUAUUUUUAAAAGACUUUAAUACAUGGAGAGGCAAAAUAAAAUAAUGGUUAUGAACAGUUUUCAUAAGAGAAAUGAAAUAUGAACUAUAUUUCUCAUUGCACUCAGUGAAAUAAAAAGUAGUUGUUACUUCCUCUAAGUUGAUCACUUUCCUGCCCUGUAACAUUAUGAAGUAGUUUUUGCAUGUCUUUAUAUAUUUUUAUCCUAUAUCAUAAAUUCUUUGUGUCUUUUUUCACUCAACAUUCUGAAAUUCAUACAUUCUUGUAUGGGCAGCAGUGUCUUUAUAUUCCUUUGUUUACUAUUUCAU